GUAUAGAUAUUGACCUCAAACUUAGGGAAACCCUAAUAUAAGAGCAAACCCUAGCAGCGCUAUCUCCCUCAGCCUCAUCUUUCACCCACUACUAUUCGCCGUUCGCUUUUCCCUCGCCGUCGAAAUCAACAUGGCGCCGAAGAAGGAUAAGGUUCCGCCACCGUCAUCGAAGCCGGCGAAAUCCGGAGGUGGAAAGCAGAAGAAGAAGAAGUGGAGCAAGGGAAAGCAAAAGGAGAAGGUGAACAACAUGGUGCUGUUUGAUCAAGCUACUUAUGACAAGCUUCUCACUGAAGCUCCCAAGUUCAAGCUCAUCACCCCUUCCAUUCUCUCUGACCGUAUGAGGAUCAAUGGGUCGCUAGCAAGGAGAGCGAUUAGGGAGCUAAUGGCCAAAGGUGUGAUCAGGAUGGUCGCUGCUCACUCGAGCCAGCAGAUCUACACUCGUGCCACCAACACCUAAGAUGUUUGGUUUCUUUAUCCACCUAAGAUGUUUGGCUUCUUUUUCUUAUCUCUUGUUGUUUGAUUCUUCAGGAACUUGUUAGAAUCUUUUGUUUCGUAUUCCGUUUUUUUGAGAUAUAUGGUUAUUUAAAACGCAUCAAGACUUCUAAAAUUGAGUCAAUCCUUUGAUAUAUCCGUUCUAGAAUUCGGUAAUGGAGUUGUUCCGGUUUAGUUAUGCAUCAAAUAAUUUAAACCGUAGUUCUUUAUUAUAGGGAUUUGAACUAAUUGAACGAAUUCAUUCAAAAUAUUAUUUGAAUGCUUGGAUUUAUUUUAUAAAGGAGGUUAUGUAAUGUAGACAUUUAGAUUGAUGGACUAAUAUGAAUGAAUAUGAUGAAAUGAAAAUAACGCCUACAGCCCAUUUGACAAGUUUCAGUGUCCCUUAAUAUUUUGUUAAUAAA